AUGAAUAACAGCCAGGUAAGCCUCACGGCAUCUGAGGCCAGCAGCGAGGCACCUGGCUCCACUCAAGCCCCCAAUGGCACCGGGAAUAUCGGUUUCACGCCUGGGGUGGCUCAGCAGGGUACCGCACCUACCAAUCUAUCAGGUUUGGUCUGCAAUGUGCACAGAACUACUGGAGAAGAGCCCCACGCCCUGGUGGGAGCAACUACAACGAUCCUAGGUGACAAGUUGUACGUUUUUGGAGGACGAAUACAUUCUCGAACGAAGCCGCAACUGACCUCGGACCUAUACGAACUGGAUCUGAUCCACCGUCACUGGACCAAGAUUGACGCUCUUGGAGAUAUUCCUCCACCACGAUAUUUCCACAGCGUUUCUGCCUUGGGUGACUCCAAACUGGUGUGCUAUGGUGGCAUGUCGCCAGCCACUCACAAGAACACCGCGAAUGCUCAAGGUGGAAAGGUUGGAGGAGAGCCACAGCCAGAGGUGGUGGUGAUGUCGGAUAUUCACAUCUUUGACGUACCCACGCGGAAAUGGACGCUCAUCUCAACGUCUGAGAACCCACAAGGGCGAUACGCACACUGUGCGGCGAUCCUACCUUCGUCUGCUGUCUUCACGUCGGCCAAUGCGCCCUUGUCUGCCAUUCAGCACAACCCACCAUCAUCGGACCCCCAUUCGGGGACUUUGGGUGUGCAGUUGGAUGGCAGUGGUGGUGCAGAAAUGAUUGUGGUGGGAGGCCAAGACAGCAGCAACAACUAUAUUGAACAGAUAAGCGUGUUCAAUCUUCGAAGCCUGAAGUGGACCAAUACUACCGCGUGGGAUCGAAAGUGUGGAGCGUACAAGAGCAUGGUUGCCCCAAUGACGGGACUGUCUGCUGAAUUAGUUGGACGAGGAGUACCUCUUGACGAUUUUGAAGCCAAGAGGACAAAUAAGAGACCAGGAACUUCGAUGCUGAUCUACUCCAACUACAACUUUCUGGAUGUCAAGCUAGAGCUACAAAUCAGACUCCCGAACGGAAGCCUGGUAGAGAAACCGAUGACCGGGAGUGUGUCUCCGCCGGGCCUCCGAUUUCCCAAUGGAGGCAUCAUCGAUGGUCAUUUCGUCGUGAGCGGCACUUAUCUGACAUCGUCAAAGCACGAGUAUGCACUGUGGGCCUUAGACCUCAAAACCCUGACAUGGGCGCGAAUUGACACGAAUGGCUCCAUCUUCUCUCAAGGCAGCUGGAACAGAGGUAUUUUGUGGAAUCGGCGAAAUACCUUUGUCAUCUUAGGACACCGGAAGCGUAGCUUGGUGGAUGAUUACAACCAUCGUCGGAUCAACUUCAGCCAUGUGUGCAUGGUCGAACUCGAAGCGUUUGGUCUAUAUGAUAAUCCGAGGAAGGAAGCACCAACAUCGGCUUAUGUUUCGGUUUCCGCGCCAGUGGUUCCCGCCUCGCUGCGAGCAAGCUUGCCGACCCAACUCGCCGGUGGACGACCGUACAAUGGCAAGGCUGAGCAACUGGGACAAGCAGCAUUGAGCUUGACUGAGCUGUCGGACAUGGAAAUAGUGGCUCUGGGAGGUGAAAAGAUCCCGUGCAACUCCCUCAUUCUUUCCAGGCGCUGGGGCCCAUUUUUCAACCAACUUCUGGCAGAAUCUGCGUCGACACACGAAGGCACCAUCCUAUCGGACGGGGCGACGCUACGACCCAGUGGCCGGUCUCAAGCAAGUCGCAACUCUUCGCUUACAAUCACACCAAAUGCAGCAAAUGGACUGAUGGGACCUGGGUCUACUGCCGGUGCUGAGUCGAUUCUGGAUCCGCAGCGCUCUUUAAGCCGCUCAACGACCAGAACACUGGUGGAGUUGCCAAAUACGACGUCGGUGCCGGCUUCAAGUCGACCUCGUUCGCUAUAUCUGCCACACAUGGCACCCACGAUUCACCUGUUGUUGCACUUUUUGUACACAUCGUCUCUACCGCCAGUGGGAUUUUCAUUCUGUACCCCUCAUACAUUAUGUUCGCUCUUGCAGAUGGCCCGUCCUUACCAGAUCGACGGACUGCUGGAGGCGACAGUGGAACGACUCCAUGAAGCUCUGGAUGGACGGAAUUCCGCAGCGGUCUUCAAUGCAGCAGCCAUGGCUGCAGGAGGAGGUCGUGGGCUUGUAGGUGCUGCUGGCGGCAGUCUGGCCUCUCUGGGCCGACGAGAGAGUGAAGCUACCGCAGUCGGCGACGAGACAUUAGUGGGCAAGACUGCAGGACUCUCACUCACAAAGAGUUACGAAGAGUCCAAAAAGAAAGGUCAUGGAAAGACGAGUUCAAUUGAGUCAACAUCAACCACGACAUCGGCUUCGACAUCGACGGAUCUUUCGCAUACGGACACCGAAGCCUCGGCGCAGGAGGAUAACGGCAAGCGGGCGAGCAAAGUAGACAAAGAGAAGGAGAUGUGGACAGGCGACGUGAGUUCAGUGAUUGGACUCCAGAAAAGAGGCUUGAGAGGACUGAUGGAGGGACGACGGCUACGGGAGCGAGCGAACACGGGGAAUGCAGGGGAUUGA